CCGGGGUCUAAACUUGGAUAGGGAGGGUCUUCAGUCAGCUGUCGUGUACCACCGAGCACUUUCUGGAGUUUAUAGACCGGUAAAUCACAUAUAAACCAGUGAAAGAGCACUUACAUCGUCAGUAAACUUCUAGAACUCAUACAUGAGUACAGUAGUAGGUUUAGACUUAGGGGCGUAAUCACUCGCCUGGAGAGUUUUUGCGCUUUUGUUGCCAAAAAAAAAAAACACGGAAUUUGUUUUGCGCUCUUUUAAAUAAUUGAUCCUUUUCGGUAGCAACAGCAACGCGACCUCCUGGACAGAAAAGUAGUCUAAACUCACUUUUCCCAAGUUUCACUAUGGCAGAAGGGGAUUACUACACUUUGGGCAACCGACAGAGGAUUCCACGGGAUCCGUUCCGGGAACAGUCACUCGCAUCUCGCUUUAUGGAAGAUGACUUUGGACUGCCACCCUUUCCCGAAGAGUUAUCGAUGGAAUGGCCCGGCUGGGCGAGACCUCGGCUGAGCACCCGCCUCGACGCGCCGUGGUCGGGCUCUUUGCGCACGGGCUUCCCGCGGACGAGCAUGGGCUCGCCGCAGGGCUUCAGCUCCAUGUACAGCGAGAGCCCUCGCCGAUCCAGCGCGCCCCCGACCAACCCAGACGAGCCGUGGAAAGUGUGCGUGAACGUGCACAGCUUCAAACCCGAGGAGCUUAAUGUCAAAACUAAAGACGGUUUUAUAGAGGUGUCAGGGAAACACGAGGAAAAGCAAGACGAGGGAGGAAUUGUUACCAAAAACUUCACAAAGAAAAUUCAAAUCCCAUCCGAUGUGGACCCAGCCACUGUGUUCGCCUCUCUGUCUCCGGAAGGUGUUCUCAUCAUUGAAGCCCGACAGACCCCUCCAUACUACCUCUACAGCAACGAAAUGCCCGCAGAACCCAUGCAAGAACCUGAGGCCAGACCGCAGGAACCCAGCAUGACUUCAACUCCAGUCUUUGAUGUCAGGGAGUGAACUGGUGUUCGCAUGCCAAUGGUAUUUGUUCCAAGCCAGUGUUAAAAUCUAGAUUCAUCAGUUUCAAAAAAAUACUUAAAUCAAAAGUCAUUAAUCUGCUAGUGAAUGGUUUGUAAAUUAAUGCUACUCUACAUAGUGUAUGGUUGGAACAAAUGCCAGAAGCUUUCAGUUACUAUAUCAAGGAAGAUAAACAAAUGUGAUUGAGCUACCGGUGCAGUGAGAAGGGAAAGGUGUGAAAUGGGAUUGUAUGGCACAUGUACUUUAUCUGCAUUCCUCUCAGUCCUAAAGUUCCCCUCAAAUGUCAACAAUUAAAUGGAUCAUUCACCCAAAAAUCAUCUCUUAUUCUCCUACGUUGUCCCAAACCUGUAUGGCUUUCUUUCUUCUGUGGAAAACAAAAGUAGAUGUGUUUCUCCAAACAAUUUGAAAUAUGACCCAAUCCAAAUAAAAAUAAAAAGUUCUUCAGAGCAUUCUUUAAAAUAUUGAAAUAUUUAAGUCAUACAGAUUUGAAAUGACAUGAGGGUGAGUACUGAGUAAAUAAUCUCUUCAUUUUCAUUUGACCCAUCCUUUUAUCUAAUUCGCUUGGUAAAUUACGAUUCUCUUAAAACCGUUGCUCCGCCAUGCCGAUCUCAUCAAGUAAGACGACACCGAGAAUCCGAAGUUGAGUUAUAAAUUCCAUUCAGACACAUUUUGGAUGAGAAAUCAAGCUUUGAUGUUGAAAUUGAAUGUUUUAUGGACUUUCUGUCCCUCAUCUUGUUUUGGCCCUGUUUGAAUAAUCAGAAUUUUUCUCACUUUGGACUAUUUAUAUGAAGAAAUGGGCCUGAAUGCUAGAGCUCUUUCUCAAGCGCUGUUUAUUGUGUCUUCUUUCUUUCUUUAUUUGUGGGUGUUAUUUUUUCUUUUUGUGUAGGGAUGUAUCCUACACACGUUUUUAUAAUAAAUGAUUUUACGAGA